UAACCCUUUCUCAAGUCAGAGAUUUAAGUUUUUAAAAAGUGAGACUGAGAACUUUGGGAAACAGUGUUGGGAAGCAAUUUAGAAGGAUCGGACCCUUUCACAAUCUAACUAUCUACUUUAGUUUAUAGCCCAACGGUAUUCCUCAGGUGUAGUCACUGGAUGGUCCAAAGAGAUGCCUCGCGGUGACUUCAAUGUUUAUUUUGCAAGCAGAGGAGGACCCCAUGUCAGGACCGAAGAGGCAGCAGGCAUAGCUCUGUUGGUCUUCAUACUUGCAGCCCUUCUCAUCCUCGGAUGCUGGUAUUUUAGGAGGAGAUGUGGGUACAACAUGAUUCGGAGCCCAAGAUCAGGGUCCCUGCCAGGAUUCAGUGGAGGACAGUUCAACGAGGGAGGAGCCACAGCAGAAAACAAGAUGGGCCUCAGUGACCUCCGACCUUUGGUUCCCAAUGCCCCUCCUGCAUAUGAGACGAUAUCACCAGGACCCCUACCUCCUCCCUACUCCCCCUAAUAACAACAGUCCUCUGUGGAUAACCAAAAAGAUGAAAACUAUGAACUUAAUGUGUUGUCUUAUUUAAACUCUAUAUCAAUGAAGAAAAAGCUUUUGAUGAAAAUACUAUUAGCAGUCUAUAUUUACAAUUACACAAUUUACCAUA